AUGGCCAUCAUAGUGUUGAUUAUAGCGUUGAUAUUGGCGGUGGAUCAUUCAUCAGCGUUUUCCUUUUCUACAUUGUUUGACGAUUCUGAUACAUCACGUCCAGAUGGAGACCACGACGCUGAUUCCCGUAAUGAGACGGACAUAAAACUCCAACAACCUCUUCUCGAUCCCAAAGACUGGUUUCUCACCAAACAGGAGAUCACGGACUCGCGGGGCGGCGUACCCAGGAGUGACAUGGCAGUGUACACAACCGGCAACAAGGUGACGUCCUACACGGCGGCCAACGAAUUCUUCAACGCUGUCUAUAGCGACCUCAGUAAAACGAAGAAAGGCGAUCGAGUUAUGCUUGCUGCAUGGCUGGCUGCGCUCAUUCCACUCAAGCCCGACGUUGAUCCCACCGGAGCGAAAACUGGUUUCAAACAAGUAUUUGCUGACGUCGUGGAGCGAGGAGGGAACGUGAACAUUCUCGGCUGGGCGAGUAUUGCAGGAUCUUACAUGCCAUACAACAUCAAGGCUCGCGAUGCUGUCAACAGCAUUCCACCAUCUCCACUCAACGGAGCAGAGGCGCUCUACAUUUUUGAUGACCGCAUCGAUCUCAUUUCCUCUCACCACCAGAAAACACUGGUGAUCACAGCGGACAGCUCCUCUGAUAAGAAAUACCAACCCGUUGCGUACGUGGGCGGGAUCGACCUCGCCAUCGACCGGUGGGACACCAUGUACCACAACAAUACCGCUAUCCGAGAUGCUGGGAAGAUUACUUACAAGAGCAACAAGGGCUGGGUCGACGGUCACCUUCGAAUCCACGGACCAGCUGCGAAAGACGUCGCGAGCAAUUUUGUAGCUCGAUGGAACUCGGAUUAUCUGCCGUGCCAAAGCCUAGAUGACGACCUUCUUGACUUUAAGAACCCAAGGUACGGCAAGAUCCCACCAUUCAAGUACAGCAGCAGCAAAAAGGCUUCCAAGCUUGGCAACCAAAAUGUCCAGAUCACGCGAACCUUCAGCUGUCAGUACAAACACUACAAGGAGUUCGCCCCCAAAGGCGAGAACUCGCUGUUCCAAGCGCGUAUCAAGGCUAUUAAGAAUGCGAAGAACUUUAUUUAUGUCGAAGACCAGUACUUUGUCUUCGUGCCAGAACUACUUGAUGCGGUGAUGGAGGUGAUGCCGCGCAUCCAGCGUCUUAUCGUCGUUACCAAAGAGCAAACGAACGCGUUCACGAACGCCGGCUACAUCAAGUAUUUGUAUCAAAUGGUCGAGCCUAUCCGAUCAAAGUACCCGGACAAGUUUAAAAUUUACACGACCAAGCCCGAGCUGAAACUUCUGAUCCACACGAAGCUGGUGAUCAUCGACGACGUGUAUUUGUCCAUUGGUUCGGCCAACUGGAACCGUCGUAGCAUGACGGCAGACCCGGAACUCAAUGCAGACGUCGUGGACAGCGAUACUGUGAAGUCUCCUGAGGGUCUAACGGUGGGUAAGUUGCCUCGAGACUUUCGCAUCCGCAAGUUCAUGGAGAUGACAGGAUUGAGCUACGACGAGUUAAAUGCCAUGACAUUUGUCGAGGCUGCGGAUCAGUUCGCCGUAGCUGCUACCGACAAAUCGACGAUACUGGCCACGAACACUGUCGAGCACCAUAGGUACUUCAUUGCCAUUACGGACGCCAUGCGAAAGGUAUCAGACCCGCAGUUCACUUGCAAAAAUGACGAUAGGUGA